GUUUACUGCGGCCUGGCCGGUUAAUCGCUGCAUUUUCGUGACAAGCGUACGACUACAGAACAGGUAGCUCGAUAAGCACAGCCUUUGCCGCCAACCACUCCGGAUUGAGUCGACCAAAAUCUUUACCAUAUUUACAUUGGCUCCAAGCAUGUCGCAAUAGAGCACCCUCACGCAAUGGCGGAUGGUACCUACCAAAAUAUCUAUCGGGGAGGCUCUCCCAUGACCCCAAGCACACCGAGCAGUGCAUACCAGCCCAACAUCAACAGGACCAAGACGAGGAAAUGGGUCGAAGCAAAGGUGCAGAGCUACGAUGGAGAUGACUGGGGAAACGAGUACGAUGAUGACAAACCUAACGACCCCGACGAACCGCCUCCACCGCCGUUAAAUAAUACCCGUCCAUACCAACCGGGUCAAAACGUGAACUCGGCCAGCGCGCGAACCUUCUCUCAACCGGCUGCUUCAACGGCCCGCGGCAGAAUCGAAUCGACUGACUCACGAAGUCCAAGUGGCCCGCCGGCUUUACAUCUCCAAACCCAACAGUCCACGCCUGUGCAUGCGCCCGCACAAACGACCGCGUUUGCGACUAUCACCAAGUUUGGAACCGUAGAGGCAGAGUCAGCUACUGUUUCCGACCCUUCGUCAUUGGGGAGCGCUUCUGAGCGCGGCGCGCCUGAACAACUCGUGUCGUGGCAGUCAGCAGAUAUGCGCCCAUUUGCGCCGCCAGAGGCAAUUCCUUUGGUUCAACCAGAAUAUCAACCACAAAGCGCCGGCGCGGGGUCGUCACGAUUCCCCCCUCGUAAAAGCAGCAUGAGCCAGCAAGAUCAGCCCGGUUCCAGAUCUGGGUCUCGCCCGGGCUCCAGCUCAAGCACUCGCCCUUGGAUGGGGCAGAGGUCUAACUCACCGGGCCAGUCUGCCGCUUCUGGGGCGGUGGCAAAAUCACCACACUUCAUCCGGCCAGCUGACAUCUACCGGCGAAUGGACGAAGAAAGGGAGAAGGAGCGUCGGUCCAUGGAGUCAAGCCGGGCGAGUAUGGACAGCAUGCCUGGAGCGGACCGUGAUAACAACCUUAGAUCACCAAUUGAACAGCGACGUCGCCCGAGUUUGGACAAAGAUGAUGGCUCAGACACAGCUCGUAGCUUGAAACCCACGCUACCUCCAGUGGCGGAGAGACACAGCGAAUACGGUGUUGAGCGUUUGAUAGACGAGUCGCAAACUAGAAACCUGGAGACGGCAUCAAGACCUGCAGGAGGUGCAAUGCAAACGACGGCCACUACAGUGCCCGGCAAGUAUGACGGACGAUCCGCUUCCACGAGCCUGAAAUUACCUGACGUGGCUCGCAUGUCUGGCUUUGGUGAUGAUUUCUUCUCUUCAUCUGGCCUUGUGAACGACGCUCAAAAUAUCCAAGGGCUAGCAACCGAAUUGGAAACGCAGUCUCAUUACUACGUCGAACCACAAGACUCGGGUGCAGUUUUUCGAGGCCCAUCGGCAACUCCCUUGGCUCGAGGUACGGAGGCUACGGUUCAAACUUCUGGAGGGGCCCUGACACAGCCCACAGAGCCAUUACGGUGUCCAGUGCAACCUGAAACUUGUUCACACGACAGCGCGACGGAUGCCUUUUCCACGUCGGCUACGUCUGGUGCGCGAUCUUCAUCUUCGCCUAAACAUCAACAGGUCCAGCAUGAAAGAAACAGACCUUCUAUACCCGGUGGUUGGGUGUCAGAGACCACUAAAAUUGGAUCAGAGGCUCCCACUCCGAUGGAAAGAUCAGAAAUAAAAUCAAUGGUGUUGUCUCCGGUGCAUGACACCGAGGUGUCUCCCGUUACCGACACUGAUGGUGGUUCUUACGACAUGGAGCCCACGACGACAGUGAAACAUGCUCAAUCAUUGGAUAUUGGCCACGAGAUCAUCUCAAAGGUUCAGGCUAAGCAUGAGGCCUGCUCAGAAGGUUUUGGAGAGGCUGCAGGCAAGCAUGACCAAGAUAUUGCCGACGAAGUUACUUCAGGCGAGCCAGGACAACAUCCCACACAUUACAACCUGCCAACUCUACAAACGGAAACCACGUUGGCGGUAGCUGGCCAGCCGUCGACAAGGGAAGGUGCUGCACCUAGCACGAGUGAAGUGAGAUCGCCACCUGUCUCGUACGAAGACUCACCUACAAUCUACUCUGCGAAAACUCGCACUCCCACCGCAUCAGACUUCACGCCAACUGCACCUUUACAGCCUCGGCGAAGCGAGACUGGUGCCUCUGAAUUCACAGCGCCUGGAAUCAUCCCGCGCAACCCAACCAUGAGCUCUAUCGACACAGCCUCUCCAGCUAACGAGAGUGACCGAUUGCGAGAGGACAUCAUGAAAUCCCUUAGCCCAGUGGAUGGUCCCGAUAUGGUCAGUGCCGGCAGCCUUCUUGGCCUUGCCAGCAACAAAUCCGGUCCAAAUGAAAUGACUAGAGAGAGUCGAUAUCUUUCAGGUGUCUAUGACGACUACUUGGGACCUACCGAGGAGAAAUCGCUCCGAGAGACGAGCCAAGCGCGCAAGGACGAACCUCAGAAGGCCAACCAUCAAAUUUCAGGCUCCGCUCCCAGCCAACAUAACACAGGGGAGCAAACUUCCGAUUUUGUAAUUGCUCCAUCACAACUGGAAAAGGGCCCAGAACCAGCGUCAACCAACCGUCCUAGACGGUUUUCAUGGGAGCAAGGGCCCGAGGACGUUUCCUUGAGCCCUGUCGAUGAACCUAAGGGUUCUUUCUUUGGAUCUCAACCUCCCAGAGCUGACGCGAAAUCUCCCGUCUCCAUGGCGUCAGCUGUUGAUAGCCGACCAGGUCAGACCACAGGCCCAGAACUUUAUGUCGAGCCAGAUGGUGCCGGAACCAUGUCCCACCAGGUAUCGCAGGUUAGUAGCCGCGCAACUGAAGGUUUGGGCACUACGGGCUUUGAACCGCCAUCGCCAAUCUCGGUCAUGUCAGCGGAGAAAAGCCCCAAGCUUGCCAACCAAGCCCUCGAAAACGGGGGUCGUCGGCUGUCUGUCGCUGAUGAGAAGGCACUUAUUCAAGCGUCGUCACAAUCCGUGUCCCCUAGCCCACCCCAAAACGAGCUCUUAGCGUUCUCGAAUUCGCCAGGGGAAUUAUCGCCGGAGACACCGACGCCGACUGCGAUGCCAGCGGCUAGCGCCUCCCAACAAGCCAAGGUCAUGAGUUGGAAAGACAUUCUCAGCAUUCCCUCGCCUGAGCUGCGAAUUGAGAGGUUUGAAGACGCUAGGGUGCAGUUCGCCUCUAUGGAUUCGGGCCUAGUCAAUUGGAUACUGCACAUGAAGAGCCAACCAGAACAUGCGGACGCACCCGUCACUCCGGGCUUCCAGGAACCGGGCAUAGCGUCCCACAUGCAGGCUCAGCCGUCGCCAACCGGGGGGCAAUCAUCGACACAGCAGCCGUAUUAUCAACAGUAUCUCAAUGCAAGCAACCCCAACAUUGCUGCACCUCCACCACCAGCACGAGCGUCCACCGGAAACCUGAACCAGGGGCAGGCUUCGUCAAGUGGAUUUGGUGGUGGAACUAAGAGCAAGGAGUUACUUCACGCGGCGGGCAUGUUUGGAAACAAGGCAACCAAGUCGGGGAUGAAGUUGUUCGCCAAGGGCAAAAGCAAGCUCCGGUCAACGGGUGAUAAGGAACAGCCCGGCAGGGCGGCGUCCCCACCACGUGCGUCACAGGCCGCAAAUUUGAAGACCCGAAAUGGUUUGGAGCAUUUGAGAAAUGAGCGGCGCUCGAGAUGGGGCACAAUAGUUAGUGCCUUUAGAGGUCCACAAUGCCGACCAGGCCAUUCGUCGUCGCUGUCGCUAGGCGGCCGCGGUCACCCUUCAUCAGUACCCUGGCUUUCAAUUCGCAGCAGAGCUCACCCUAAGCAAGCUGAACAUAACGCGUCACACAAAUCCAAGUCCGAAACCAAUUCCACCGCCAACCUUCCCCAGCUUCCCCAUCCAUCCGCCAUUUCACCCUUUGAGCACGAUCACUCAUCGCCUUGGCUGCCGCCGCGAGCCCCGCGGCUACCUGAGAACAGUAAUAAUUAUACUUAUAAUCGUAGUCACACUGGCAACGUACUUUCUGCUCUUCGUUAUCCACUGCAGCCUGAAUUGGUGUCGCCCAUCUCCGAGACAACCACCACUUCCUCACCUCCCGCUCCCACCCAUCGCCCACCCAACCGCGACCUAGAGCCACAUCAUCGUCAAUCGGCGGCGGAUUCGCAAUUGCAGAUUUCCGCACCCAUCGGCAAGCGCCAGCCCACUGGGGACCGCUUCACCUGGACUCCACUGGUCGAGGAAGAAGGUUUCGAUUUUGACCCGCCUGUCACGGUGCACCGGCCGGCACCUUUACCUCUACGCUCUGCAGCCACGUCGCCCACGGCGCAUCAUGUGCCCCGUUUGACUACCGACUACAGAUCGGACGGCUGGGUCGAAGUUAUAGCCCCGAAACCUAUAGCACCACCCAACCCUACGCCUGCAUUCCCCGAGCCGCACUCGCAGAUGCUGGCCCAUAUGGCACCUGAGGGGCCAAAUGUGCCCAUGGCCGAACAGUACAUGCAGCAGCAUGAGGAGGAGGAUUCUUCAGUGCCAGCCCGACAACCUUCGUUUAUCGGUUUACCGCCUAUUCGGCGUACCUCGACGUUUGCUCUGAGUGGACGGGAAACGGGUCAAGGCGACGACUACAACCUGAUGCCGUCGCCUGUGGUGUCUUCUGAGGACGAAGCACCGCCCAUGCCUUCCAUGCCAGCGGAAUACCGAGGCGCAAAUACAAACGGGCGCCAAUUAACUGGUCCGACUCCGAUGGACGCUGUUCAAUCGCCUCAAGAGUCUGCACAGCCCUCAUCCCAGAGUAUUGGGCACCUCCAGCAGACCAACGGGAACAAUGGGUAUGGGCCGCCAAUGCAGCCAGCACCUAAUGGCUUCAUGAAUGGGUACUCUCACGGAACCGCACAGGCACCAGAACAGUCGGGGCAGACGGGACAUCAAACGACGGGCCGCAGUGGGCCCGCUCCGGGUGGUCCACAAUCUCCAUACAAUCAACCGCACGGCCAUACCGGCUCGCCACCAAUGCAGGGGCAGCAGUUUAAUGCAUCUGAAACGAGAGAACAGCCCGGCAUGGACUCGCCUCAAGCGGCCGGGAAUCCUAUCCAUCGGUUCCCUCCGCAAGGGCAAUGGAAGCUGAAAGAGUCGCAUCUAUCGGAGCCACUCGCCGCCUCGAGAAACCGCUCCUCGACCGGCAGCCCACCCGCUCAGCAGCCUGUUUACUAUGCUUACGACAAAGAAACCGAAGUUCAGUCUCCGGUAUCCGCUGGGUCAUCCUCCCAACCCUCAAACCUACCCCUACCCUUACCACGCCAAAUGAAGAAUAACAAAAGCACACCCCCCGUAUCUGCCGAGCGUUUCCCCAGUCCCUUCCCAGCUGAGGCGGCCAAUCAGCCCCGCAUCCCCCAGGAAGACCAAAUACAGCCAGAGGUGUCACGACAGGAUAGUAUGGGUAGUUCCAAGACAUCGUCACAUGAAAUCGACAACAAGAACGAGCGUCACAACUCGGGCCUAUUCAAAGAGACUGGGGGGAGACUCAGUAUGCAGCGUAGCAGAGACUCUAUAUCGGACAAACCAGGAGUGGUUCAUUCCGACGAUGUGUCCGACACGAGCGUCGCCGCAGAAGAUCUGCAUGAGACGAGGAAGCGUGGAUUUUCGUUUGGGCUGGAGAACGCACUAGGAAACAGCGGUGCCCGACAAGACCGCGAUUCGUUUGACCUACCCGCAAAGCCAGCCGGGGCACCGCAAUUCGGCCAACCGGAGAAAAAGAAGUCUUUCUUUGGCGCGGGAGUUCUCUCAAAGCAGAAGUCUAAUAUUGCCUUGGGCCAGUCUGAGACGUCCGGUAUGGUCAAUGAACCAAAUAAUUCGAGCCAGAGCACCUUUGCUGGUUCCGCGCCGGCGCCUAUGAAAAAGCGACUUUCUGAGCUAAAGGGUUUGUUCAAGGGCAGUAGUACCAAGGAUGACCACCAACCAGUGAAAACUAUCACUCAGCAACCCACGCAGCUUCUUCAACAACCAAUAGCGCCAGGAAGCGUGCAGGGGGGGCAGCCAAUGCAGGGCGCUUCUCGUCCCGGACCUCAUGAUUACCCGGCGCAAGGUGGAGGCCAACUUCAGCUGAAGAUGACCUCGCGCGCGGGAACGCAUCCUGGACAGCCCGUGUUCCAAGAACAAGGUCCGCCUAAGCCGAACAUGACGGGACCUAGGUUUGGAACAAAUCCCGGAUUUCUGGGACAAUCAGGCCCGCCACACGCACACAUGAUGGGUCCCCCUUCUGCUGGACAAGCUGUUUAUCCGGGACAAACUCAACCCCAACCUACCGGUAUCCUUCGUCUAGGACAGUCGGGACAGCCACCAUACCAAGGACACCCUGGGCAAUUGGGGCCUCACGUCACACGUCAACGAAGUGAAACUCAGGGCUCUGGACAACCGUCCUUGAUAGGGGCAUCUAGCAUUGCAGAAUCCCAGAAGGCCGGAGAAGGCCGGAAAUCUGGCGGCGGUGGUUUUCUGAGCGGAUUAUUCGGCAAGAGACCCGAGUCACAGGCCAAAGAGUCUCAACCUCAACCUCAACCUCAAUAUAGCCAGCAAAUGUUGCCACGAGGCCAGUUUCCUAUGCAACCGGGGCAGCAAUUCCAUCCAGGACCUGGCCAGCCGACGCAAAACUUUGCGCCGCGGAUAAUGUAUGGAUUUCCAAACGGACAUGUGCCUCCAGGCCAAGGUCCCAUGAUGGCGGGCUCGCAAGUCUCUCAAGGCCAAAUACAGCAAUUUCCGCCAGCACAACAGCCUGGGCAGCCCGGACAGCUCGGACCGCCUGGACAAGGAGCUCAAGGAGGCAUGGUGGCAAUUAGACGCCCCUCGCAGACCAAUGUUCCAAUGCAUCUGCAACCUCAGGCUUCUCCUAAUGAGCGACCCAUAAUGCCAUCUCAGCAAGGUUCCCAAACAACCAUGCGACCGGACGAGCAUGAACUCCGACACCCUCUAAGCUCUAAUCCAGUAAACUCUCAGGCAACGCCGGCAGUGGCAGCAGCACCAGCCACAUCUCCCCAUCUGUCGCAGAACUCGUCCCAAGAAAGAUUGAGCAUAGCAGGGUCAUCAAUUGGUCCGCGUGUGUCUCCCAGCCGGAAACCAGUGGGUUCUGGUUCUGCUAGACAAGCAUCGAUCUCGUUGGCUAUGGUAUCAAGUGCACCGGCUGCUGGCCCCAAGAAUAAAUAUCAAUUGUCCGAAGAAGCAGGACGAAAAGCUGAACCAGAUGGAAAUGAGCAACAGCUAUCGACGCAAGCGCCGCCCAUCCGGACAAGUUCUCAGUUGGGUUCACCUGAUAACGUCAACAAUGGCCACAUGCGCCAGCCUUCACUACCAACUCCGUCGCCAUCGCCAGCACCCCAUGGCUCUUCCCCAAGGCCAGAAUUACAACGACUUUCUCCUUUAUCACCCCAUCAGCAAUCACUACAUCCCCUUGGAACACAGAUAAGCCCGCUGCCGCCUGCCGCAGGCGGCUUUGGCCUAACUGAUCGCCAGCUAGCAGGCCAAGCAAUAGGCCCUGCUCAGGGGCCUUUGCAAGUUGGUCAGCAAACGCCAGGCGGUCCUGGUCAGCCAGAAAUGGCACCAGGACAGUUACUGCAAUCGGGUCCGAACGCCCAACAACCUUGGCCUGUCCCAACAGAUACAAACAUGUCUGGACCACAGGGUCAAGAACAGACAUCCGUACAAUGGCGACCGCAGCCAGCCUCGUUACAUGAGCAAAAGAGUUCGGUAUCCAGAUUCUUUGGCGGUGGCAAGAGGCGAGAGUCGAGCUCCCCGCAGCCUUCUAAUUCCAAUCCAUCGGCACCUCCCAAAGAAAGCACUUCGUCCAAACUACUGGGUGCCUUCAAACGGAGCUCCAAACAACCUGAUGCUAACCGACCACAGCGCCGAACGUCAUCAGGUCAACAGCUGCCUCCACACUUAAUUCAAGACCGUGGCCAGAUGCCUUCCCACAUGACACAGAAUGGGCGUGGAAUGAUACCCGGCCAGCCAAUGCCCCAAGGUCCAUUGGGUUCGUUUGGUCCUAGUCCUGCACCUGGGCAUCCGCAAGGCCCGCAAAUAGGUCUUGGUGUACCGCCAUCCCAGAUGCAAAACGGACGCGGUAUGCCUCCUAUGAUGCAGGGGACAAAUAGUCCCGAGCCUCAAUACGAUCAAGUGCCUAUUCCGAUGUGUUAUCAGCCCGUUCGCGGUUAUGGGGGUCCUUCAGAUAUCAGUGCUUCGCCGUAUGGGCAGCAGCAAUACCAGCCAACAACGCAGCUAUCAGGAAGCCCACCUCAGCAGUGGGAUCCUCGUAUAAUGCCACCUCAACAGGCUACACCUCCUAACGGACAGUGGCAAAUGCUGCCUCAGCGAGCAACCCCAGCUUCAUCAGCAAAUUCAUAAUCUGGCAACACCACCACCACCACCACAACAACAACAACAGCCAGUUGUUCAGUCUGCAGUUCAGAGCCUGGUGCCACAACAAGACAAGAUUGUUCAGCCUCCAGCGACUCAAAACUUUUCUGUACAAGCGCAUACUGAAGCUCAA